GUCAGGUAUUCUACGCUGUGCGGCGAAUAGUCUCACAUGCGCGGGCGAUGUUUGUGAGGGCGAAGAAGUAGAGGAGCAAGCAAGCUUUGCCUUUGUCCGACUUUUCCGGGACCUUGCAUUAGGACAAUUUCGAUGGAGCUUUUCCGUGGCAAGACGCUGCUUCGCAAGGACGGCAGCCUGCUCGCGGCCGACGACGUGCUCAGCGAGGUCCGGGUGCUGGCGCUGUACUUCUCGGCCGGCUGGUGUCCCGCGUGCCGCAUGUUCACGCCGGUCCUGGCCGAUGCUUACAGGCAUACCAAGAACCACAAGGUCGAGGUCGUGUUCGUCUCGUCGGACAGCUCCAUCUUCGCCAUGCUGCGCCACAUGCGUCAGAGCCACGCCAACUGGUACGCCGUCGAGUACGGGGAUCCCCUCCGUCAGGAGCUGUUGGUCAAGUACGACGUCACCGGCAUUCCAGCUCUGGUCGUCGUCAAGAAAGAUGGCAGCGUGGUCAAUCCUGAUGCACGUGUUGACGUCACAACCAAGGGACACCAGGCAUUUCUCGAUUGGCUAGCCUUCUCGUAAUAGCCAAGGCAAGAAAAUCCGGCUCAGUUACGCCGAAAGGUGUUGUGGCUAGCUUUCAAGAUACUCUACGAACGUGUAUCGAAUAAGAGAGACAGAUCAUUUCUUUUUUCCGGGUGCUUUUGCCUCCGGGAUCAUUCGUAGAGUCACGCUUGUGUGCACAAUGCAGAAGUGCGGGUGUUGCGUAAACUACUUCGAGACGACUUCUGUGUCGAUAACGUGCUUACCAGAGUGUUAGGGGACUGCAUUAAAGAGCCGUCGUUAUUUACGAACUUGA